CUUCCAAGGUUGGCUUCAAAAGACCUGGAGGAAGGAAGGCGUCUUCAGCGAAUCUACAGCAGGUUUAAAGCCGUCCGUGCUGUGUUAACUGCGGUUGUCCUGUGGCCCAGGGAGAUCCUGGAGGGCGUGGGCGGGUCUUUGGUGACGGAGCUGGCGCUCGAGAGGUCUCUGCGAGAGCAGGGCGACGCGCGGGAGGAGACGGAGUGCCUGGAGCGGACUCUGCUCCGGAGGCGAGCCGAGCUGAGGGAGGCCGACCGGCUCCUCGCGGAGGCGGAGACCGAGCUGAAGGACACCCGGGCCAAGACCAGGGAGACUGUCCAGCGCUACAGCAACGCCAGACGGCGCCUGGAAGACACGGAACGGGAUGCAGAGGAGCUGGAGCGCCGUGCCCAGGAGACGGCCACCCAGCUGGUCCAGGCCAGCCAGAAGCUCAGGGAUUUACAAGAUAAUGUGAAAGAGCUUGAAGACCACAAGGCAGAGCAGGAGGCUGUCUUGAAGGAGAUACAGCAGGUUGUGUCCUCCAGAGACUCCGAGUUCCAGGUUCUUAAUCAGAAGAUGGCAACCGUGGCAGAGAGCCUGGAGACCCUGCAGGCAGAAUUGCAGCUGGCACAAAGCAAAGAGGCCCAACAUCUGGAGACGAUGAGGGAGGCCGAGGGCCUGCUGUCCCAGCGGAGGAGUGAGCUGGAGAGACUCAACAGCCAGGUGGCUCUGCAGCAGGAGCAGCUGGCCGUGCUGGACAGGAAAGUGGGGCAGAGGAAAGAGGAGCAGCGCCUCCUGCAGGAGUGCGUGGAGCAGCGACAGCAGGGCCUGGCGGACGUGCUGCGCGGCGGCGAGGAGGACGUGCGGGACCUGCAGAGACAGCUCAAGGAGCUCAGGGCUAAUCUGGAGGACCUGAGUGCACAGAAGGAGGACCUGGGGUCCCAGCUGAGUGAGAGAAGGGCUCAGAUCUCCCUCUUCAAACAGGAGGGCCAGAGAGAAGAGGAGACCCUACAGAACAUCCUGUCCCAGAUAAACAAGCACAAAGCAGAGCUGAAGCACGUGCUGGAGAUGAUCCAGCUGGAGAGCAGCGAGCUGCAGGGCGUGAAGCUGCGGCACGACCACAAGCUGGACGAGCUGGAGAAGACGCAGAGGAGCCUGCUGCAGGUGAAGGUGGAGCUGGAAAGCGGGCUGCUGGACGCACAGCGCCAGGGGGCUGAGUGCGAGCGCAACCGGGAGCUGCUGGAGCAGGAGAGACAGGAGCUGGACGGCCUGCGGCAGGAAACCGAGUCUCUGCGGGCCACUGUGGACACCCUGGCCAAGGAGAGGGGCCUUUUGGAGGACCAGUGCCAGAACCUGGACGGAAAACUGACCCAGGCCGAACGGUCCUUGAAAAUCACAGAGGAGAGCGUCAGGGUGUCAGAGGCGGAGAGGUCGAGGCUGGAUGCAGAGCUGGCUCAGAUGAGGCAGGACCUCAGCCAGGCCAAGAGCCUCCGACAGGAGAUGAGCCGCGAUGUUACCGCCACCCAGCAACAGCUGGAAGAGAGCGCUGAAGAACUGAAGGUGGUGAAGGAUGACCUCGGAGACGCUAGACAGCAGCUCCGAAUAGUGGAGGAGGACGUCCGCGCUGCCACCCAGAGGCGCGAUGAGCUGCUGGCUGAGCAGUCCGCGCUGAAGGAGGCGCUGGACCGCGGUGCUCAGAGGGUCCAGGAGAACCAGCGCAGGGAGCAGAGGCUGGACCAGGAGCUGCGAGACCUGCAGGCUGAGAUCGAGAAGCACCAGGCCCGUCUGGAACAGCAGGAGAGGUCCCUGCGGGGGCAGCAGGAGGAGGCGGUGGAGUCGGAGGAGGUGCGGAGGAGCAGGCUGGAGACGCUGCGGCGCCAGCUGCGAGCCGCAGAGGCCGCCCUGUCGGAGCGGCGCGGCCAGCUGGAGCAGGCGGCAGCCGGAGUGUCCCACAUGGAGGAGCAGGGCCGGAGGCUGAGGAGAGAUCAGGAGGAGUGCGCCGUCCUGCAGGACAGGCUGUCCCGCCUCAGACAGGAGCUGGCGGAGAGAGAAAAGGAGCUGCAGGGCAGGGCAGAGGAGUGUGCUGGACUGCAGAGGAAGCUGGACGAGUGUCGCAGGGAGGUGGAGCACCUGCAGGAGACUCUGCGCUCAGAGAGGUUGAGGACGGACAGGAAGCUGGCGGCCCUGAGAGCUCAGAGCGAAGCUGACAGGCAGCAGACACAAGAGGCCUUGCAAGAGAAGGCUCGGCUGGAGAGGGAGCUGGUCACCGCUGAGCAGGCUGCGGGGGAGAAUCACCAGCGCGCCCGCAGCCUGCAGAAAGAGCUCAACACCGUGUCGAGGGAGCUGCUGCAAAUCAAAGACAAGCUGCGGACGAAGGAGGACAUGGAGGCCCGCCAGCAGGAGAUAAAGGGGGCCAUGCGCUCCCUGAGGUCGGAGGUGAGGGCCGAGAUGACCAGCGGGAUCGGGGAACGGGACCCCAGCCCCCGGCGCCGGGCGGACACGGAGCACCUCAAGGAGAACGACCCCCACUACCCCAGCACCCCAGGCCGGCCAGCCUGCAGCUCCAAGGAUGAGCAGUGGCGUGGAGAGGCUCUUCGGGAGAAACUGAGGCAGCGGGAGGACCUUCUCAAGGCUCAGCUGCGCAGACGCAUGUGGACGCAGGCAGAGGUUCUGAGCCUGCGCAGGCAGCAGACGGAGGGCAGCCUGCAGGGGCUGCGCAGGCGGGUGGACGCCCUGGACGAGCUCCUGGGGAACAGCUCCUCCGACUCCCUGUCCCCGAUCAACAGCGAGCCGCCACUCAAACACGGCAGGACUGACCUGUCAAGGAGUAUUGGCUCCCCCUGUGGGAGACAGCCUGGCACUGCAGCACGGUCAAACAGCCCUGUGCGACUGGAUCCUACAGUACCAGAGAGAGACCCAGGAGGCAGCUGGUAACUACGUACCUACGCCUGCGAUGUCCCUACUGGCACCACAUUGAACCCAGCUUGUAAAAGCCAAAUGAGCAGGGCCAAAUCACAGCACGUUCUCUCCCACUACCUCAGAAUAACAUCUAUCCAAACACACCCACUCAGCCAUUUCACUCUGUCAUGUGCUCAGCCAUUAGACCAGCAUUUUUCAAAGAUUAUGUUUUUAUUGAGCAUUUAUUUGUGAGUAAAACAGUAAAGACUAUUAUACUGUAAGUACUUAAUAUAAAUAUAUGAAAAAAAGCAGAAUAGGCCAGAGCAUGUCUUUGGAUGAGAAACAGAUGACAUUUACCUCAAAAUGUUAAUUAUUGUAUAAGUACAUGAGACUAAGUAUACUGUGCUGUACACUGUACCUCACUAGAACUAGGGGCAAAGGCACCCCCUAGAGUGUAAUUUAGAAAUUUAUUUUACAUUCGAUUUAAAAAACCAUCCAGCUUGUGCUGCAGUCAGAUGGAUGUUGGAACAUCAUUGAACUACUGACAUUGGAACUUGUGUGUGUUUCCACUUUCAUUUAUAUAUUUUUAUCGACUAACAUUUUAUGGUACUGAGUUAAAGUGAGUUAACUGCAUUUACAAUUUGAAAGAGCGAUUGAAUCCCAAGCUGUCUGACCAGGUUUCUCUCCAUGUAACUGUGUAGCACAGCGCAACACACAUAAGGCAUUCUUUACUUUAAAAGCAAUAUAGUGAAGAGCAAUUCUCACUUAGACGUAGAUGUAGCAGUUAUUUGACACAGUUAUACUAUGAAAAGUGCAUUUUCUUACAGUAUGUGUAAUUAUUGCUUACUUCUCUUCUGAUCAUUCUGGAGAAACUAUAUGCCCAUAGUGUGAAUGCAUGAGUGUCAAUACUCUCAAGGUUAAUAUUACUGUUUAUUAUAUCUGUGGAGGUGCCCUUAUCUUAAACUAAACAUUUAUAUACAAUUUAAAACCUGGAUUAAAAUGCGUUUGGAAAGAACACAUAACUGCACAAUUAAGUCUUUCCAUGUAAAGUUUUUAAAAUUUGAAAAAAAUGCAAUAUCAUUGGCCAUCCUAUGCAACUUUCUAUUGCAAAUCUUUAUGUUAAUGCCAAUUUGUAUUGUUUGCUUGAAUUUUGAAGCAUUUUUCACUUUCAGAAUCAUUUAAUAACGCAGAGCUAUGUAAAAUGCAAUAAAUAUUUAUUUUUGUACGCUGUUA